CUUAGGACAUAGAAAGCAUCUAAUUGCAUAGUGCAUUUGCUGCAAAACUCAACGAUUUUUUAGUAUUCAUGAGCACAACCUGGUAUGAGACUCUUCUCCCAUUACAGUGACAUGAGAGACUAUCUUCAUCUCUAUGAAAAAGAGGUCAACGUGAGUUAGGUGCAGCAGUUGGAAUAAUGCUUUUUUUGAUAGAUUCUCCCUAGUAUGCUACCAAAUAUAUGCAUAGUUUGUGACUAAGCAAACAGUGUCGCUGGUUGUCGGUUCCCGUCCCCUUUUCUUUGACUAUAUUCUUCCGGAGCAGUUCCCAUAUGUUUACCAUUUUUGACCGUCAGCAGUCUGCUCCUUUCCACCAUUUUUUCCCCUUCCCCCUUAAUUAUGAAGUUUCAAAUUGAAGACGAGUUAGGUUAAUGAUGCUGAUUGGAAAGGCAUUAUUAGGGCGGAUUGACAAUAAUGAAGCAUUGUAUCACAAUCUCAAAUAUUUAUACCUUUGAUCCUCUUGUGCUUGCAUAGACAACUGGAGCGGUGUGUACUCUAUCAACAUGUAACUUUGCAUCAUGCAGGCUCUGUGGGUUGUUGUGGUGUGUUACUACUACUUAAAUCUGGCAAGAGCGUUGCUGGAAUGGAGGCUGCAUGGUGUUGUCCAAAAAAGUUAUGAGGAUUUAUAUGCAAGUUUUGUAUAGUUAUAGGCUACUUUUGUAAUGUUUGUUUAGUUGAGUCUAGUUAGGACUUUAAGUUUGACAUGUAUAUAAUAUGUGAAGGAUAUUGUAAUUUUUCCGGUUCAUUAAUAAAAGUAAAUCCUAUCAACUUUCCUCUUCGAUCACCGAUUUUUCGAUCCAACAUGAUACAUGAUACCAGAGCAGUAAUAUCUUUGUUCUUGAUUUUGAUUAUGUUUUCUAUGAUCUUUUGAGGAGUUUCCAAAAGUGGUGAACAAUAUGUCUGUUUCUUUGGAGAAGGCAUACGACAUCAAGGAGACAACACAUGUGACAAGGUUCCCACCUCAUCCUUGGAUAACAUAGACGAUUUGACUGACCCCGCUCUUGCCACGACAUUUGCACAUUUAGACGCUACUACCAUACUAUCAAGAGGAUUAGCCGCUAAAGGGAUAUAUCCUGUAGUAAAUCCGAGCAACAUGAGGGAUCUGCUGUCUCAGCUCAGACUUGUUGUAAGAGAAGAUGGCUUCACGAGAGAAAAGCCCUCUUGGUUUCCCGGUAUCAAGGUCGCCCAAGGUUGGUAUUAGGCAUCGUUUGCGGAAGCUGGCAGUGAAUAAGGGACAAGGAGAGGGCUCCGCGGAGGUUGGGAAGGGACGGGUGUCACAACCGUGUGUGAGAGAGCAGAAAAUGGAGCAAAAACUCAGCAAACAUACUGCCAUUAAGUGGGGGUCACGUCAAAGCCAUGAGGGGAGGGGAGAAGGGCCACAUGGCCAAGCUCUGGGAAUCACUGCUAGAAUCACCUAGGAACAAGCUAAACAGAGAAAGAUGAUCCUUGAUGAUGAUUCGGAGGAGGAGUUACCCCCCCCCCCCCCCCCCCCCCCCCCCCCCCCCGCGAUUUUCAUUUGUGCAACCCAUUCUUCGCAGUGACAUUGCUUACCACAUGUGGAGGGGGUUCCCAUAGGGAUCUCAAGGAAGGUAAAAAAAACCUCUACUUGUCCCGUCAUGGCUCAUUAAGGAAACGAAACCAGAUGAAGGAGGAGUUAUCUCCCCAAGAAGAUCGCAGCAUAGCUGCGGAUACUAGGAAGCAUCACCAGCCUCAGUCAGCUACUACCUCGCCUAAGCUUGAACAGAGUCAAGAUUAUCAAAGAAUUUCUCUCAGGAAGGGAAAGGUGAAGGUUAGGGAAGUUAUAUCCGGCCCUACUGAUUGGAAUGCUGACCUCAUUAAGGAGUCUGGAGGUACCAUUUUCUCCCCAUCUCCAGACGUACUCGGCUCUCAUUGGGAUGACCAUGGACUGGUGGAUUCGCAAACCACUCUUUCAAAGGGAUAGGGCAUAACUUUGAACUAAGGAGUCGUGUCCAUGUUGAUGAAAAAGGAAUUAAUCACCAAAUCCAUUCGGGGAGAGUGCACGAAGUUUUGAAGUCUUUCAAAUCGGGGAUGAUGAUUAACAAUGCUGGUGGAUAUAUUCGAAAUGGCACUGGCUCACACCUGGAGACCAUUACGCAUACUGAGGAGAUGUUGGGUGACGAAAGUGCAAUGGUGACCAAUGAACAUGCUUGAGCUAGGAUUUGGGGGAAGAAAGUGAGGACUGCAAGAGGUUGAUGGGGAUGUGGUACAGUUUCCCACACUGAAGAAGUAGUUUGUGAAAGAAAAGACUGAUGCUGAAAAGGUGGAGGAAGCCAGCCUAGAACGUCCCCAAAUUAAUAAAUUAGUCUUCCUGCCUGGAAUUUACGGGGAAUUGGACCAUCCCUCACAUUCCAAACUGCAGUAGGAUUAGUUCAUUCCGAUAAAUCGGAGCUUGUUUUCUUUUCGGAGACAAUAUCAAUUCGGAGAGUAGUUUGCAAUAGAAUGCGAGGGUUAGGUUUUGAUUCUUCUCAUUGAUUCUUUGAAGAUGUUGAUGCAUCAGGAGGUCUAGUGGUAGUUUGGUCCCUCGGAGUUGAUACUUCGGUGUUUUAUCAUUCGAAUUUUUCCAUUUGUAUUCAGAUUAAUGAAAUGAACUUUUCUUACGGUAUGGUGUGUGUUUAUAUUAGUUGUAACGAGUCAAUAAGAGCCUCUCAAUUGGCGCAACUUGGGAGCAUUUGUGAAGAAAUCAAUUUACCCUUUGUGGUAAUAUGUGAUUUCAAUGGUACUUUGCAUGAAAAUGUAAAGGAUGGUGGUAAUCCUUGGAAUGUCGCCCAGUCAAUAGAACUCCGCAAUUUCGUUCAAUCAAUUCACUUGGACUAACAAACGAAUGGGAUGGGCUUGUAUCCGCAAAAGACUAAAUAGAGCACUUUGUUCUUAGUCAUGGGUUGAUCGAUUUCCGGACACCCUUGUCAAACAUUUUACGGAUAAGGGAUCAGAUUAGAGCUAUGCUCCUGUCACAUUAGCCAUACAUAUGGAAUAGUCUACCCUUUUUCGAUUUGAUGCUCGUUGGGCAGAUAAGCCGGAGAUAAGAGCUAUGGUUACUUAUGCCUGGAAAGAGGAACUACAUGGGACUCCCAUGUACUAGCUUUGGGAGGGACUGAAGAAACUCCGUCAUUUUCUAUAUGAUUGGAGUAGAGCGGGUACGACUAAUUCUCUUCGCAAUAUCCAGACUCUCCAAUCUGAAAUUGAUCUAGUGAAACUUGUACACCCGAUAAAUUGGGAUGAGGUGAGGACUUUUGAGGCUGAGUUGAGUCGAUGGUGGGAAGAGGAAGAAAUUUAGUGGCAACAAAAAUUAAGGUUUUGUUGGCUCAAAAAGGGAGACAAGAAUACGUCGUACUUUCAUACAGUUACGAGGGCUCGCAAAAAAUAGAACUUUGUGUCCGUGCUACUAAAUGAUAACGGAGAAUGAAUCAUCGAGGAAAGAGGGAAGGCUGAUAUUGUCAUUGAUUUUUAUCAAACUCUCUUCACUUCGUAGAAUCAUGUGCUAAAUCUGGACACCAGGAUUGCGGACCUACCAAUAGCCCACAAAGUAACGGAAGAGAUGAAUGCUAGUCUCACGACGGACGUCGUUCCUAGUGAGAUUUGGAGAACGGUCUUCUCCAUGGGAGCGAAGUAUGGGCCUGGGUCUGAUUGAUUCACUGGGAAAAUUCUCAAGUCAUUUUGGGAUAUAGUGGGUGACUCUGUGACUGAAGCAUUCGUUCUUUCUUUAGUACUAGCAUGAUUCUCUGGAGUUUUAAUCACACUUGGCUGACACUGAUCCCUAAAGCGGAAAACUUUGAGGACAUGAAGCAAAUCAGACUGAUAAGCUUAUGCCAGUUUGUGCAUAAGAUUAUAACAAAAAUCAUGUCUAAAA